UUGUGGAUGGCCUACACGCAUGUCUGGUGCUGAGGUGCGGAUAUUGGUUUAGACUUCCAUACCAAGAGUGUUGGUGACAUCGAUGUACUUUCAAAAGACGGGGUCGGCCAUCAAGUUACCACGACACUUAACUACUCAAGCCUGGAGCUUACAUUCGCAUUAUGUUCCCGAGCAUGUUGCAGUGACAGAUGAAGUGUGCUUACACUUCGGAAGAAAAUCAGUUUGUUCCUGUGUAUGGAGGAAAGAUGAAAUUAUCCUGAAGUAACUACUAAAUUAGUAGGGUAUUAUAACAUCGAAGUCCAGUGCUGCUGUACCUAGCAUACCAACAAUGAAUGUGUCAGCUCCAUCAGAUAUGCUGGCGGAGGAAUUUGUUAACUCUUCUCAGUGGAACGCCGGAAGCGAGGCAAAUCACACCCUAGCGGAGAUAUAUCCGCUUAACGGAACGUGCGAGGAUGUGUUUGCAGAUUACCUCGUCAUUAGAGGAGGUGUCGGCACGACCCUAGCUGUGUUUGGUAUAAUUGGAAACACGUUGUCAAUUAUUGUGCUAUCCCAUCGGAAUAUGCGAAGUCCUACGUCCUACUUUCUGAUGUGUCUCGCCGGGUUUGAUAACAUUAUUCUGAUGACCUUGAUUCUGGAAGUAGUCACGCUAUAUGCAGACCUCUACAUCAAACUGGCUUUCAUGCCCUUUUUGGUUAGUCUCCAGAAAAUAGGUCAGACUGGUACGGUUUCCAUGACGCUCACCAUAGCAACGGAGAGAUAUGUCGGAAUAACGAGACCGUUUUCCGGCAUGACGUUCGGUGACAGUAACGUGCCAAUUUACGUCAUCGUGGGAGUCGUCUGUGUCUCCCUCAUCUACAACAUCCCAUACUACAUCUCUUUCAAAUUUGAAACAUACUACGAACCGGCCAUUGGUGGGACAUGGAUCCAACCCAGCUUCACAAAGCUAUGGAACAGCCCGUUUUUAAAGAUUUACAAAUUCCAUGUCCAACUUAUCUGCAUGUAUAUUUUACCUUGGAUAGCCAUGCUUGUUUUAAACCUUCUCAUCAUCCGGGCAAUCUGGAGUCGUAGACGUUCCAGUAGCCUGUCCAGAUGGUACCGGUCAAAUAAGAUGGACAAACGUAUGACUCUCGCAGUCCUUGCUGUUACGACAUUGUUUUUCAUCGCAUACCCAUUUAUGGCAAUUUUGGACGAUGUUAUAAUUCCUAAAGAACUACUGGUAUCGCAGUGUCAUCGAAGUAGAAGCGUGUUCUUUUUCAGUCGAGACUUGUUGAUCAUGUUAAAUUCCGCAACUAAUUUCUUGUUUUAUUGUAUGCUGGGAAAGAAAUUCCGUCAGGUGUGUCUCGUAAGAUUCUGUCCCCAAAGAGCGCGGCGUAUCUCGCAAGGGUUGUCGUCGAGGCUGAACAUGCUGUCAACCCGUUUUUCAACAUCAAUGACGGCUCACAAAUCUCCAUCUCCCACAAGCGUUUAGAUGUCAUGGAGUUUCAAUCUAGCAUCAGGUCUAGACUAACUUUUUGUCUCUGACGUGAACAUAUUUAUAGAUAAAAGCAGUUGUUGAUAGUGAAAUAUAAUUAAAAGGAGCCCAGGGACAACUCCAUUUUCAGACACUGCAGUAAUCUAGACUUGCCAAAUGAAGUGGGCGUACAUGAACAUUUUUUUAUAUAUUAACCUCUGCCUUGUCUAACAUCUCCUUACUUUACUGUUUUCUUAUUUUUUGUUCAAGUACUGUGCAACAGUAAAGCCCCUGUAGUCCCUGGUUUUAUCCAUGAAAGAAUUAUAGAUUUUCUGAUCUGAGUAUUUAGUGAGUGAGUUAAGUUUUACGCCGCUUUUAGCAAUAUUCCAGCAAGACGGGGUACACCACAAAUUGACUUCAUUCACUAAACCCAUGUUGGAAAUCGAAUCUAGGCCAUCGGGCAUACUAGCACUGAAACCAAAAGCAAUGACAAAAUGAUUAGCCAUAAGGCUCACAAUGAAACCCAUUUUGAACUUGGUCGUUCAACUAUCUCAAGCACACCUCGAACAACGGUUCGCCUAUCGGGUGAGGAGGCAAGGGAUUUAACGUUUAACGUCGCGUUCGAGAUUGUCGUACUUAUAUAGUCGUACGUGU